AUGGGAUUGGUGUAUCGCAACUCAAGUGUGACCAUCUCCGCCAUGGCAUCCAGAGGCAGCAGGCAUGGCAUCAUCCCUCGAGACGUACAAAUGGAACCAACUCUUCCUCUACCGGCCAGCCUUCGAGUUUCAAAUGGCAACGAGGACGUCGUAACUGUGUUGCGCCAGGACUUCGACGAAGAGACUCUAAAAAGACUGGACAAUCGCAGUCCUCUGUCCAGCCGGGGCUGGUCCUUGCAAGAGUCCAUACUCUCACCGCGACAUUUGUAUUACGGCAGAAGUCAACUUUACUGGCGCUGUCCUACCGGCUACCAGGCUGCCGAUGGCACCUCAUCUGGGCUUCGACUUCCAGAGUAUACAUUGCCGCAUGUGUCCUCCGUUUUCUAUCGUGACAUUCGGCGUUCUCAGAUAGAUGAGAUACCUGUCGAGCGACUCUUGCUUGAAGACUACUACGCUUUGGUAGAGAUGUAUUCCCAUCGCAGUCUUACCUUCAGCUCUGACAAGCUGCCUGCAUUUUCUGGCAUAAGCGAGCGCCUUCAUGCAGUCAUUGGCGGAAGAUAUCUAGCAGGGAUUUGGACGACAGAUCUUGCGGCAGGUCUACUGUGGAGAAAGGAGAUGGCCACAUGCAAGCAUGAGAAGACAUACCGCGCACCUUCUUGGUCAUGGGCGGUCACUGACGAAGAAAUCCUCUACGAUAAGAGAGGCGCUGUGCCAGAGAGCUCAAGGGGUAUCAGACUUGUCGACGACAGCAUUCAUCUCAAGGACGAAAAUAAUCCAUACGGCGAAAUCGAGUCAGCUUUUAUCACCGUUCAAGGUCUCACCUUGCAAUUAAUCCGCAGUAGACAACACAUCCAGAGCCGGAGAGGAUUAUAUCAGGGUGACCUUUUACUCGAUGAUGACCCACCUCGAUACGAAGAUGACAAUCCAAACAUGCCUGCUCUUGUUGACCGUACAAGGCCAUUGCUGUUCAGAGCGAAAAAUACCAAUGGUGUUUACCUCCUCGCUAUCACAUCAAGUCUCCCUAGCAUUGAUUCUGAAUUGGAAAUCGAUCCCAGCUUGUUUACUUCAGAAGAGUACCUUGCGUUGAUUGUCUACGUUUAUGAGCAGAUGCUAGAGGCGUAA